AUGAUAUCUGGUCCAAAACAACCAGGUAAUGAUAUAGAUGCCUUUUUGGCACCUUUGGUUGAAGAUUUGAAAAAAUUGUGGGAUGAAGCUUAUGGAAACCUGUCUGGGUAUAGUGUCAAAGGACAUAAGGCAUGCCCUAUUUGUGAAGAGAAUACAUGCUAUUAUCAACUUGUUCAUGGUAGAAAGACAGUUUACAUGGGUCACCGGAGGUUUCUUGAUAGAUUUCACCCUUAUAGGAGAUUAAAAAAGGCUUUCAAUGGGCAACAAGACUAUACAAAUGCUCCACAACCACUGACUGGGAUUGAAGUUUAUGAACGUGUGCAAGGUAUAAAUGUUACUUUUGGUAAGACUCAAAAGCUAAUAUCUCAAAGAGGUAAGAGGUCAAAAACUAAUGUUGAGAUACGUUCAAAUGAAAAGAGUCCAUGGAAAAAAAAAUCUAUAUUCUUUGAUCUUCCAUAUUGGAAGACAUUAGAUGUGAGGCAUAGUAUUGAUGUGAUGCAUGUGGAGAAAAAUGUAUGUGAUAGUAUUGUUGGAACUCUUUUAGACAUAAAGGGUAAGACUAAAGAUGGACUCAAUGCUAGAUUGGACUUAAUUGAAAUGAACAUACGAGCUACAUUAGCUCCACGCCAAGGGGAUAAGAAGGCAUAUUUGCCUCCAGCUGCUCAUACUUUAUCAAGAAAGGAGAAAACAAGUUUUUGUGAGUGUUUACGUGGAAUGAAGGUACCACAAUGGUAUUCAUCAAAUAUCAGAACACUUGUGAAUAUGCAAGAUUUAAAAUUGGUGGGAUUGAAAUCUCAUGAUUGUCAUGCCUUAAUGCAACAACUAUUGCCAGUGGCUGUUAGAGGUAUAUUGCCUAAAAAGUUGAGAUAUACUAUUAUACGGCUUUGUUUCUUUUUCAAUGCUAUCUGUGGAAAAGUUAUUGAUCUAAACAAAUUAGAUGAAUUGGAAAAUGGUAUUACUGUUACAUUGUGUCAGCUAGAGAUGUACUUUCCACCUUCAUUUUUUGAUAUCAUGGUUCAUUUGGUUGUACAUUUGGUGAGAGAGAUAAGACAGUGCGGCCCUACCUAUUUGAGGUGGAUGUACCCAUUUGAACGAUACAUGAAAGUGUUAAAAGGUUAUGUGAGGAACCGAUAUAGACCAGAAGCCUCUAUUGUUGAAAGCUAUAUUGCUGAGGAGGUUACUGAAUUUUGUACUGAAUACUUGGCGGGGGUAGAAGCUAUUGGUGUUUCUAAGUAUCGACAUGAAGGAAUAAUUGCUGGGAAAGAUACUCGAGGAACCAAUGUGCAAGAUAUGCCUCGUAAAGAUGUUGAGCAAGCGCAUUUGUACAUCUUGCACAAUACAAGUGAAGUUGAGCCAUAUUUAGAUGAACAUAAGGCCUUGAUUAAAGAGCAAAAUCCAAGAAGGACAGACAUGUGGAUUGUAAGCGAACAUAAUCGUAAUUUUAUUAGUUGGUUCAAAAGUAAAGUUCUUAAAGAUAAAAAUGUUUCUGAAACUGUACGAUGGUUAGCUCAUGGGCCUGGUAUGCAAGUCAUAUGUUAUACUGGAUAUGAUAUUAAUGGGUUUUCUUUUUAUACAAAAGAGCAAGAUGAUAUGAGCACUAUGCAAAACAGUGGAGUUUCUUUAGUUGCAAAUUCAAUGCAUUUCAGUAGUUCGAAAGAUAAAAAUCCUGUGAUUGUAGAGUUGUCAUAUUAUGAUAGUAAACACGGUGUGAAAGCUGAUGAGUUAGGAUUUACACUUGUAGAUCUGAACAGAGAAGGUCACAAAAAUGAGCAAUUCAUUUUGGCAUCCCAAGCAAAACAAGUAUUUUAUGUUACUGAUCCUUGUGAUAAAAAAUGGUCAAUUGUCCUUCAUGGAAAGAAACAAAUUACUGGUGAUUUGAAUGAAGAUGUUAGUUUUGAUAUUGAGGAAAUCCCACCAUUUUCUUUAAGUUUAUUGUCAGUCAUUGUGGAUAAUGAGAUAGAUGAAGUGCAUGCAUCACGGGAUGAUCAUCAUGAAGGGAUAUGGGAGCAUUGA